AUGGUUUCGACAAAAACUUGCACAGCAUCCGUGUUGGCUCUCACGCUCGUUGCAUGCGUCGACGCAAGCCUGCACAGACGAGACGGAUCGACAAUCACGGUCCAAACCACCCAGUUCAACCCUGCGAUCCAGAACCAAGGCGGAACCACCAACGCUGCGGGAACGUUCAACGUCUCUCCGCUGGCCACUUCAACGUCGUAUCAGUUCCAAACGCUGCAGCAGACGUCGACCUUUCAACUGGGUCCGGUCAACAUUCAAGCUGCCAACCCGGCAAAUGCUGGUUCGGGCGGAACCAUUGACUCUGGCUCUGGAUCUGGAUCUGGAUCUGGAUCCAGUGCAAACGGGGACGUUGGUGGUGGAACCAUUGUUGUUACGGCAACGGCACCGACGAGCACGGUGAACCAGAUUUCGAGUGCAGCAGCGGGUACGAGUUCGACAGGCGUCGCCACGGCGAGUAACGGAUUGCCCAGCUUGGCGCUCGGUGCUUCGAGUAGUGGUGGCAUGCGCGCACGCGCAAUGGUCAACGAAAAAGGCGUUUGGAGCGCAUCACUCGCCAUGCUCGUCACGGCGAUGUGCGCAGCGUUUGUGGUCGUCUAG